AUACUCAAAGUUCUGUCACUAGUGUACAAAGUGCGUUAUCAAAUCUGUACAAACAUUUGUGCAGAUUAUACAAUUAAAUGCUACUGCUCUAAUUAUUUGUAACUACACUUACUACUUUGUAACGCUCGCAGCAUCAAUGUCAGUAGCGGACUCUAAACCAAACCUCAGCCAUCUACAGGUGUCAGAGCUCGUGAAGAGGCUCUUUGGCUUGACGCCGUCCCAGAUUCACCCGCUGCCCAGCUACGAUGACCAGAACUUCCACUUGGUGGUCAGUGAGGGCAGCGAGUACGUCCUGAAGGUCAUGAACUCUGCGGACAGUCAGAACCCCACUCUGCUGGAGCUGCAGACUCACGCCAUGACCUUCCUGCACCAGAGGGGGAUUCCUGCCCAGACCGUCCUCCCUACCACCUCAGGACAAGUCAUGAGCCUGGAGGACAUCGACUGCGGCUUUGGCAGGCAGAAGUACCUGGUGAGACUGCUGACCUAUUUACCGGGGACCACCAUCGCCAAAGUGCCCAGCUCUCCACAGAUCCUCUAUGAAGCCGGCAAGAUGGCUGCCAAGAUGGACGCACUCCUGCAGGAAAUGGAGCAUCCUCAACUCCAGGUACUACAGAGGGAGAAGUUCAUCUGGAGUCUGUCCAACAUCCCUCUUCUGGAGCCAUACGUCCCUCUGAUGGAUGGGGAUCCUGUGCAGCAGGUGAUCAAGUCAGUCAUCCAGCAAUACAAGACUUGUGUACAGCCCAAACUCGGCUCCUUCCGCAAGUGUAUCAACCACGGGGACUUUAAUGACCACAACAUCUUGGUGCAACCAGACGAUUCAGCCACCUACAAAAUCUCUGGCAUCCUGGACUUUGGGGACAUGAGCAGCGGCUACUAUGUGUACGAGCUGGCCAUCGCCAUCAUGUACAUGAUGAUCGAGAACCCCACGCCUCUGGAUGUGGGAAGAGCCGUGCUGGCUGGCUGGGAGAGUGUUCUUCCCCUCAACGAGGCCGAGAGGGACGCCCUCUACCUGCUGGUGCUCUGUCGCUUCUGCCAGUCCCUGGUUCUGGCUCGCCACGCUGUGGCCCAGCAGCCGGAGAACGAGGAUUACCUCAUGAUCACCGCCAAGACGGGCAUCCGCCAUCUUUUCCGGCUAUGGGAACUGGGCAAGGAGGAGGUGGAGAGGAGGUGGUUUCAGAGUGCCGCCCAGUAUCCUGGCAAAGAGUGACCCAAUGGUCUUCAGGGAGCACCUUCUUUUUAUAGGCUGCGUUCCGAUUCUUUACCCGUCUCACGAAGUGGUGUGGACGUUCCCUGUCAGGGAUUUAAUAAUGGUGGAAAACCCCUCCAGCCAAUGCUUACACCAAUCCAAUGCUUUUGAAUCCAUGUGGAUUCUGCAGGUGCACCUUUUAGUAUUAAAGGUACACUCAGCAAUGUGACAUCAUCAAAAAGUGGGUCAUGCCUCGAGCUAAUAGUGGCUCGUCAUCCUGUUCUGCAUGAUAGAGUCAUAUUGCUGAGUCUACCUUUAGCAGACAGACCACCUGAUUAAAAUGCAGACUAAUUUAAACACCUGGAUUCCAUCAGUCAGGCGGUGUGACUGAGAAAAUCUGACCAAAUCCAGUUCUAAAACCGUUUUGAAAGAUUCAAGAUGUUGAAUCUUGGUCAGUCUCAGAUUUGUCUGAUUGUCUGUGGGUACAGGUUCCAGUGCUCUAAAAUCUAGAUUUUCUCUGAUGGUCUGUGGGAACUCAGGUUUUUUGGUUUUACAUGUCAUCUCUUAACACUCCCAAAACUUUGAUUUACGAGUUUAAAAAAACGUGAUGAACCAUGACCACUGUGAGCUUUUUAUUGGUGAUUUGUGCUCUUUUCAAAAUGGCAUUCUGUCAUACUGUGGAUAAUGUCUGUGCCGGGUUGAAGGCCAUAUGAUUAUUCAAAUGAGUAGGUUACUCUGAGUCAGCUAUUGCAGUGUCCAAACUCCACAGUAUGUCCUGUGUCAAUUUCAUAAUUCCAUUUUUAGGGCUCACUUCAAUUAAAGUGUAACUCAUUUACAAAGUAAGCAAUUCAACAGCUAUGACCUACAUGUACCUGAAGUGCCUGUGCAAAGAGAAGGAAUGUACCAUGAUUGGUUUUUUUUAAAAUCAUAUUUUGUAAGAAAUUAAUCUCAUUCAUUGCAUAAUAAACCGCAACAAAUAAAUGAAUUGAGAGAAA